CUGAGAGACGUGACGGAGAGAAUCAAGAAGAAGCAGACUGCACUGGUCUCAGCAGCAACAGGAGAUUCUGUUCCUCAUAUCCCUCUUCCUGAGCUCCAUCAUGAACCUCCUCACUCCGGUGCUGCUUCUGCUGGCUCUCUCUGGAUGUUCCAGUGAAGUCGUACCUGAUUUUACUCAGACGUGUCGUGCAUUCUUUGCUAACCCAGCAGGAACUCAGUCUCCUCCGACUGUAUUUCCAGGAAAUAAUUACAAACAGAUCUGCCAAGUUCGAUAUAACACAUAUGAAUAUGCAACACUGUAUGACACAGCAAACAGGAUCCCUGUGUACUCAGCCUACAAGUUUGAAGGGAUAAAGGAUUGUGACAGAAGUGACAACUGGUAUAUUGAACCUCAGCUUGAAGACAGAGAUAAUGAAGCAGAGAUGGCGCCUGAAAGCAGCAUGCUGCAGAUAGACAAUCAGGCUGUUAAUGAAGACUAUGACAAUUCAGGCUAUGACAGAGGACACCUGGCUCCAGUCUACCACGCCAGGUCACCGAGCUGCUCUGACGCCACCUUCACCCUCACCAACGCUGCUCCACAAGACAGAUCUUUCAACAGAGGACAGUGGAGAAAGACAGAGAGAGAUGUGGCUCACACUCUGAACCAGAAGUGCCUGCCAAAUUCUGCCUUUAUCGUCACUGGGGUGGUUCCCGACUACAACAAACCUCCUCUAAAAAACAGAGUUCGUAUUCCCGGUUACUUCUGGACCGCUUACUGCUGUCUAGACAACAAUCUGCAAGUGAAAGCUGCAAGAGGUUUCAUAGGAGAGAACAGAAAUAUCCCAGUGAAGGAAAUGUCAGUCAGUGAUUUAGAUGCAGUUCUGACUAUUCUCUAUGGUAACAGGCCUUUCAGUGUAUUUGGUGGAAGGUGUAAUAAGUCCAGCUCAGUUGAUUUCAGGUGGCUUCGUCUAAUUCGGCAUUGCCAAAGGAGGGUUUCAACUGCAUCUCAGAAAAGAUGUGUUGAAAGACUUCUCAAAUUAAUGAGUCAGAGAAGGAUGUUCCUUCCAGACGAGGAGGAAACUUAAUAUAUACAGUGCCCUCAGGAAAGAUACAGUAGAUCCCAAAUGCUCUGAGAAUGCUCCACUUCUGUUCUUAUCUCUUGCCGUCAGACUAAAU